AUGGGCAGAAAAAAGAAGAAGGCGUCAAAACCUUGGUGCUGGUAUUGCAAUCGUGAGUUUGACGAUGAGAAAAUAUUGAUUCAACACCAAAAGGCGAAGCAUUUCAAGUGUCACAUCUGUCACAAGAAGUUGUAUACUGGUCCAGGGCUAUCGAUCCACUGCAUGCAGGUGCACAAAGAGGCCAUAGACAAAGUACCAAAUUCAUUACCGAACAGGUCAAAUAUAGAAAUUGAAAUCUAUGGAAUGGAAGGUAUUCCCCCCGAAGAUAUUAAGGAACAUGAGAGGCAAAAGACAGGUGGUGGUAAAGCUUCGGAUAGUGACGAUGAUGAGCCUGCAGCAAAGAAAAAGGCUACAUCAGCUUUGCUUGGCCCUGGACCGUCCUCGGUAACUCCAGGGAUCUUGCCGACACCAAUGGGACCUGUACCCCCAGGGAUGUACCCAGGUCCUAUGGCCAUGAAUCCUAUGAUGCCACAUUUCAUGCAACAGAGAAUGAUGAUGCCUGGCAUGAGGCCACUGUUUCCCGCAGCCAGCAUAGCGGUGUCAACACCGAGCAAACCUACCUUCCCUGCGUACAGUAAUGCGACGAUCAGUGCCCCUCCCACUACAUCAUCAGCAGCAGCAGACGCCAAAGAGAAUGGAGACGUCAAACCGCCCGCCGCUAACAGUUGCCCCCUGGUGACCGCAACGGGGGCGGGCUCGAAGAUCAUUCACCCGCCCGAAGAUGUCUCCUUGGAGGAAAUCCGAGCGAGGAACAUCAAGUAUAGGCCGAAACCGAAACCUGAUGCGCCAAGUACACCUGUGUCAGCGCCGCCUAUGAUUACGCCUAGCACUAGCCAGGCUGAGCACAACUUUCAGGUGGCCGCUCACAUGUCGGCGGCGGUUGCGGCCGCGCGGCAACAGCAAGCGGCUGCCAUGCGACGGCCCAUGCCCAUGGGCAUGAUGGGCAUGCUCGGGCAGGUUCGCGUGCCCGUACCCGUGUCCAUGCCCGUACCCGUACUACCUGUCAUGCCGCAGUUCAACCUCAUGCGACCAUUACAACCCGGUAUGCUGCUCCCAGGCGGGAUGAUGCCCAUGAGCGCGAUGUUCCCGGGUGGGGUCCCCGGAUUACCGAUGAUGCAGCCCCGCUUUCGGUAG